UAACCGUGCUAUUGGCUGGGGCCCCCGCCCAGGACGAGGAGGAGGAGGAGGGGCAGGAGGGUUUGGUUGAGCUGCAGCUGUUUGUCUGUUCGACACAGGCUUCGGCCCGACGGGGGAGACGGAGCCCCAGGACUGUUGAAGCCUGAAGUCCCCUCCCCUUUCCCCCUUCCCCCUUUGCCGCUUUGUGGCAUCCCCCUCCCUCCACCCUUUCCCAUUCUCAUAAUCUAGCCAUGACUAGCAGAAGCACAGCCAGACCCAAUGGGCAGCCCCAGGCCAGCAAAAUAUGCCAGUUCAAAUUGGUCCUGCUGGGUGAAUCUGCAGUAGGGAAGUCUAGCCUGGUAUUACGUUUUGUCAAAGGGCAGUUCCAUGAGUACCAAGAGAGCACCAUUGGAGCGGCCUUCCUCACCCAGUCUGUUUGUCUAGAUGACACAACAGUCAAGUUUGAGAUCUGGGACACAGCUGGGCAGGAACGAUACCAUAGCUUGGCCCCCAUGUACUACAGAGGUGCCCAAGCUGCCAUUGUGGUUUAUGACAUUACUAAUCAGGAAACCUUCGCCCGAGCAAAGACAUGGGUAAAGGAACUACAGCGACAGGCCAGUCCUAGCAUCGUUAUUGCCCUGGCGGGGAACAAAGCUGACCUGGCCAAUAAGCGCAUGGUGGAGUAUGAAGAGGCCCAGGCGUAUGCAGAUGACAACAGCUUAUUGUUUAUGGAGACUUCAGCCAAGACAGCUAUGAACGUGAAUGAUCUCUUCCUGGCAAUAGCUAAGAAGUUGCCAAAGAGUGAACCCCAGACUGGGGGUGCAGCAGGCCGAAGCCGGGGUGUGGAUCUCCAUGAACAGUCCCAGCAGAACAAGAGCCAGUGUUGUAGCAACUGAGGGGGUGGCUAGCAGCAAACAAGUCUGGAGCUAGCACGAGAGCUAAGAAAUAACCUCCAUCCCCACCCCUCAGCACACAGCCCCUACGGUAACAGCACACUGAGCCCUGGCUCCCAAGGGCUGCCUCCUGACAGCUCCGUCAUGGCACUUUUUAACGCUUCAGCAACCAACACCAGGCAGCUGUUGCCACUGGCCGCCUACCCCUGCUCUGGGGCUUAGGGGUCAGAGCCCCCAGGACUUACCUUCCAAAACCAACUUUCUUCACUUUGUAUUAUAGGUGCAAGACAGUGACCUACUUAUCUUUCCUCCUCCUCCUCCUCCUCAUUUUUUCAGAAAACAUUUUUUUGUCUUCUGCCCUUUCCCCUUCUGCUUUUGGUCAAUCCCUGUUCUUGAUCCCCUUUUCCUCCUCUCCCCAGGAUGGAGAAGGUGAUGAACCCAGGAACUGAGGAAGGAGAUCUCCGGUUCAGUCACAUCAAGGGCCCUGGGGGGAGAGUAAGGCUCAGAGCAGGAGGGAGUAAGGAAACAGUUCCUUUUUUGGGAGAAGGAGGUUGGAGUUUCUCAUAUGAAAACACUGCAGUCUCCACGAGUUGGCCUUGUGGAGGGUGUUUCUAGGUAGAGGUGAGAAAUGGAAGGCAAGCUCUUGGGUACCAGAUAGGAGUUGUGUUAGUUAACUGGGCAGAGGUGGAGGAGGUGGAGAUGUAGUGUCACCUGUGGCUCUGGAACUGUUCCAAGGCCUAACUACCCCCUCACCCAGCCUCUUAGGUAGCUCCUCCCCCAUAGUGGGGGAAACUCUGGACCCCAGAGUCCUCCAAAGAAUCUUCACUGGUUGCCUGCAUCUUUGGCUCUGCUGUGAUCUAAUUAGAGGAGGGACCAGUUUCUGAUACCCAUCCUCUGAUUUAUACAUAUGCAUUUUUCCCCUCCUCUGGCCUUUAGAUGGCCUCAGCCCCAGCCACUAUAUUCCCCUGCAGUUUGCACUUUAAUUGGUGGUAGUUCAGUUGGGAUACUUGUUUUAUGGGGGUUUUGAUUGAUUUACCUGCCCUCUCACCUUUUAAUUAAAUGGAACCCAAGGUAGUAUAUAUAUGAGGUUUUGGGAGGGGCUGUAGAGAACAGGACCAGUGGCAGCUACUCAAGCCCAGUCUCCACUGCUUGCUUCCUCCAACUCUGAUUCUUAACCUAUAUUCUUGCCAACCUCUCUCGAGUAUAGGUUUGCCUUUCCUGGGGAAUUAACUGAGCAACUGGAGAGUGGUCUCAGGAUAGCCUAGGCCAUGGUAUGGGAGUAAAGAGGGGUCAGGCAAGAGGGAGGAGUUUUCUGUCCUUUCCCAAGGUUCAUGUUCAACGAUCCACCCAUUACCAUGUCUUUUCUACUUCCCUGUAAAUAGGUAUGAUCUUUAUUCCCACUGUACAGUCUGUUCUGUCCUCCACCUCCUAUCAGGCCCUAUAUCUUUUUCCCUUUGUUAGUAUGUUUGGUUUAGUCCCUCCAUCCUUAUCCUUAUACCCACCCCCAGCCAGUGGUUUAAUCCACAUACCACUAGGGGCUAAUACCACAGAGGCCUACUUGUGGCCCCCUCAUACUGUAACACCUGUUCCUGUGGAUAGGGAACAACUGGCACUGAAGGUCCAUCACAGCUGUCUCACAUCACCAGGGGACAUGGGUCCUUUCUAA